AGAAGAACAGCUCUGGUCGCCAGAGAGCUCGCAAGAUUUAACAUCGAUAUUGCGGCCCUGUGUGAAACUCGUCUAGCCAACGAAGGUCAGCUCACAGAAACAGGAGAAGGUUACACAUUCUUCUGGUGUGGACGCAGCAGUGAUGAACGUCAUGAAUCUGGAGUUGGCUUUGCGGUUAAGAAUCAUCUUGUCCGCAAACUUGCCAGUCUUCCCAAGGGCGUGAACGAUCAACUCAUGACACUGCAUCUUCCACUACCGAGAGGAAAGCGAGUUAUACUAAACAGCGCUUAUGCACCCACAAUGACGAAUCCGGAUGAAGUAAAGGACAAGUUUUAUGAAGAUCUGGAUGCCCUACUUUCAUCCAUGAAGCGCACCGACAGGCUGAUUCUACUUGGCGAUUUUAACGCGAGAGUAGGAUCUGAUCACUCUGCCUGGGAUGGCGUCAUUGGAAAAAAUGAAAUCGGCAAAUGCAACAGCAAUGGCCUACUACUAUUGAAGACAUGUGCGGCUCAUGAUCUGAUCAUCACCAAUACCAUCUUCCGCCUGCCCACUCGCAAAAAGAUGUCCUGGAUGCACCCAUGUUCCAAGCACUGGCAUCUCAUUGAUUAUGUCAUCGUGAGGAAGAAAGAUAGACAGGAUGUAAGGGUGACUAAGGCCAUGCCGAGUGCUGACUGUUGGACUGAUCAUAGACUUAUCAUCUCUAAAUUAAGCCUUCACAAGAGGAAAGGAAAUCGAAAAGUCUGUGAUAAUCAUAGAGGAAUAUCACUGCUUUCUAGCGCAGGUAAGAUCCUUGCACGAGUGUUGCUGAAUCGCCUGAUUGACCACCUGGAACAGGGUUUACUACCCGAGACACAGUGCGGCUUCCGCAAAGAGCGUGGCACUGUGGACAUGAUCUUCGCAGUUCGACAGCUCCAAGAGAAGUGUCAAGAGCAGAAUCGUGAACUGUAUACCAUCUUUGUGGAUCUUACCAAGGCUUUUGACACUGUCAGUCGCGAAGGUCUGUGGCGCAUCAUGUCGAAGUUUGGGUGCCCUGACAGAUUCAUCCUGAUGGUACAUCAGUUCCACGACGGCAUGACGGCUCGUGUUCUGGACGACGGAGAAGCUUCAGAGGCCUUUCCCGUCAUAACCGGCGUCAAGCAAGGGUGUGUGUUGGCACCGACCCUGUUCAGCAUAAUGUUUUCAGCUAUGCUGUCAGACGCCUUUCAGAACAGUUCCUUGGGAAUCAGCCUGAGAUACAGGACUGAUGGGAAACUGUUCAACCUGCGAAGACUCCAGGCUGUCACCAAAAUAAAGGAGACUGUGCUAAGAGACCUUCUUUUUGCUGAUGACUGUGCCCUGAAUGCUGGAUCAGAGCAGGAAAUGCAAGCUAGCAUGGAUAAAUUUGCAGCAGCAUGCAAUAACUUCGGCCUCCUCAUCAACAUAAAGAAAACCGAAGUGAUGCACCAGCCAGCUCCGAAAGCCCAACACCAAGAGCCCACCGUCAUAGUGAAGGGAAAGCUGCAAGCAGUGGACCAAUUUACAUACCUUGGCAGCACCCUUUCUCGCGCAGUGACAAUUGACAUCGAGGUCAACUGCAGAAUCGCUAAGGCAAGUUCUGCAUUUGGCAGACUGUUGACCAACGUGUGGGCCCGCCGUGGAAUAAGCCUUGCUACAAAGCUUAAAGUCUACCGAGCAGUAGUGCUAACUACCCUGAUGUAUGCCAGUGAGACUUGGACUGUAUACAGGAGGCACGCUAGGCAACUGAACCACUUCCACAUGACUUGCCUCCGCAGACGUCUGAGGAUCCGGUGGCAGGAUAAGGUGCCAGAUACAGAAGUCCUCUCCAGAGCAGGCCUGCCGUCAGUUUAUACUCUGCUUAUGAAAUCUCAGAGACGCUGGGCAGGCCAUGUUGUAAGGAUACCAGACCACCGCAUCCCCAAACAGCUCUUUUAUGGUGAGCUGUCUCAAGGAAAGCGAUCGCACGGGGGUCUCAUUCAGGGCUUUCUGGAACAUAGCAGGAGUCAAGGUGUUACCAAAAGGCAACUUGUUGUAGAAAAUAAGCCUUUUUGCAUGUUGACUGAGAUUUGGAAGAUACCGGAUCAAUCUCCAUUUGUAGUUGGAAACCAUUUUACCGGAGACCCCUACAGAAGACAAGAUCAUCCUUCUGGGGGAUUUCAAUGCAGUGUGAGACAAGACUCAGACCUGUGGAAGGAAACAAUCAGGAAAGACAGAGUUGGCAAAGGCAAUUCAAAUGGAAUUCUGACCAAGUGUGCUGAACAUGAACUUAUUAUUAUGAACACUCUCUUCCGACAAAAGGAAAAGUUCAAAACAUCUUGGAGACAUCCACGAUCAAAUAACUGGCAUCUGCUUGACUACGUUAUAGUUCAUGCCCGAGAUCGUAGUAACAUACUUCUCACAAGAGCAAUGAUAAAUGCUGAUGACUGUUGGACUGAUUAUCGCCUUAUUCAAUCCACAAUGAAAAUUAAGAUCACUCUCAAAUGGAGGCUGCAAAAGAAGCAGCUCAGGCACAAGUUGAAAAUUCAAGAUUUGAAGGACCUUAUUCAGUGUGACCACUUUCAAGCAGUCUUAGAAGAAAAUCUCCCAUCGGAGUUUCUGGAAGAAAUUGAGGAACACUAG